AAAAAAGAAAAAAAAGAAAAAAAAGUCUAUUACUUGUUCUAUUAUUAUUUGUUCUCUUCAUGGAUUUCGUUUUGCUUUUCUCUCUUCUUCUCUUCUCUUGCUCCUUCAUUUAUCUCGGUUCGUCGUAUCCGAUUACGACGAACUACUCGAAAGAUGAAUUGGAUCGCUUGGGGAUAUCGCAAUUCAGGUAUAUUAACAGGAGAUCGCUGGCUAGCUGCAACAAACGGAAUCCGUAUCUCGCAGUAAAUAUCAGCUCGAACUCGCCGUUGCCUGACGAGGUCAAUGUUACCGUGACCGUUAGCGGCGUUCGCUCGCCCGAUAAGUCGGAUUGGAUUGCUAUGAUCUCUCCUUCGAACUCGAGUGUAAAGGGUUGUCUCCUAAAUUCUGUGUAUUAUAUACAAACUGGAGACCUCAGCAAUCUCCCACUCCUAUGCCAUUAUCCUGUGAAGGCGCAGUACAUGAGCGAGGACCCUUCCUACCUGACCUGCGGCAAGAAGGAGUGCCGGAAACGCUUGGCGGGGAAGUGCUUGGUUGAGACGUGCGGCGGCACCGUGACCUUCCACGUGAUCAACUUCCGCACCGACGUCGAGUUCGUAUUCUUCGCCGGCGGGUUCGACACGCCCUGCGUGCUCGGGCGGUCGGACCCUGUCCCCUUUGCCAACCCCUCCAUGCCCCUGAACGGCCACCUCUCUAGUCUCGACUCCACCGCAACCUCGAUGAGGCUGACUUGGGUCAGUGGAGAUAGCAAUCCACAGCUAGUUCAAUAUGGGGAAGGGAAGACUGCCACAUCUCAAGUUGCAACAUUCACACAGGCAGACAUGUGCAGUAGUUCUCUAUUACCGAGUCCGGCUAAGGAUUUCGGAUGGCAUGACCCUGGCUACAUUCACUCUGCUGUAAUGACCGGGCUUCAACCGUCUCAAACCUACUAUUACCGAUACGGAAGCGAUUUGGUCGGUUGGAGUAGCAGAAUCGAGUUCAAAACCCCACCAGCCGCAGGAUCAGAAGAGUUACACUUUCUUAUAUAUGGUGAUAUGGGAAAGGCUCCUUUAGACCCGUCCGUCGAACACUACAUCCAGCCUGGAUCAAUUUCUGUUGUUGCAGCAAUGGCAAAAGAGAUUGGCGCGGGUAGUGUCGACUCAAUUUUCCAUAUCGGCGACAUUAGCUACGCUACUGGAUUUUUGGUAGAGUGGGACUACUUUCUUCAUCUUAUCACGCCGUUGGCAUCUCAUGUUUCGUAUAUGACGGCUAUUGGCAACCAUGAAAGGGAUUAUGUGGAUUCAGGGUCCGUAUACAUAACCCCAGACUCCGGUGGUGAGUGUGGAGUCGCUUACGAGUCUUAUUUUCCGAUGCCUACGGUUAGUGAGGACAAACCAUGGUACUCGAUCGAACAAGCUAGUGUUCACUUCACUGUAAUUUCGACAGAGCAUGACUGGACUAGCAAUUCUGAGCAAAACCAAUGGAUCCAGAACGAUUUGUCGUCAGUGGAUAGAACAAGAACACCUUGGCUAAUUUUUGCCGGGCAUAGACCGAUGUACUCCUCGUAUAGUAGUAUACUUCCAAAUGUUGAUGCGAAAUUUGUCAAAUCUGUCGAACCACUAUUACUCACCUACAAGGUGGACUUGGUUUUUUUCGGUCAUGUACACAAUUACGAGAGGACGUGUGCGGUAUACGGUGGUGAAUGCAAAGGCAUGCCAAAAAAGGACAAAAAUGGCGUGGACACAUACGACAACAGCAACUAUACGGCACCGGUUCAUGUCGUCGUAGGGACCGGAGGAUUCGUCCUGGACAGUUUCUCGCACAAUCCGAAGAGUUGGAGCUUAUCAAGGUUUUCUGAAUUUGGUUAUGCCAGAGUGCAUGCCACAAGAAAUGACCUAUUACUUGAGUUUCUGAGUUCAAACACGACUGAGGUUCUCGAUCGAUUCCACAUUAUUAAACCUGAGGCCAAAUAGCCGCCCGCAAAUUUGAUCUUGCAAUAAAAGAGGUAUGAAAUGGAAAAUACACUAUAUAGAUUCUUUGGAUUUUGGCAGUAUAUUAUUCGUGUUUGUAAAACAGCGGGAAAUAUGAAGAAUAAAUAAGAAUAAAUAGCCAGUUAGCGAAAAAAAAAAGUUGUAAUUUAUUACUGUAUGAAAUUAAUUUGGAUCUUAAUAUCAGUUUCCUCA